AUGUUACUGACUGUAAGGAAAUUGGACGAAGAAUUACAUUAUGAGGCAUUAGGACGUUUUUGGUGGCAGUCACGUUACGACAAUAUGUUAUAUCCUAUACGUUUAGGGAUAAAAACUCUAGUUACACUUAAGAAAACUGACUUUAUAAUUACUGUAGUCAAAGGAAAUUCAGUUUCUGACUUUCAGCCUGGCUAUAUAUGUGAAGCAAAAGGUAUUGUUAGUUCUGUUGAUAAUACUCCUUCUGGGGCAAUUAACUUUUUGUACCAGAGAUUAUUCAGUUCAAAAACAAGAUUUUUUAGUCUGCUAAUAUGUAGUUAUAAUAAUAAGGAAAUUAAUAAACAAAUUUUAGAAAAUAUUCCUUUUCAACCAUUUAUAUUAACGGUUGAAAAAUUACAAAUAUUUGUUGGAAUGAUAAGAAUUUCUGAUCAUAAAGAUUUGGAAUAUGCAGGUCCAGGAUACAUGUCAUCUUUUAUUUAUGCAAUUGGUGAACAAAAAUACAAAUAUUAUUUGUACAAAAAAUUCACAAACGACAUUGUUCAGUAG